CAUUGCCGACUUUCAGGGAGGCUGGCGGGUGUGAGAGAAGAGAGACAGUCAUUUUUUCCUCUGCUCCUGAGGGGUCUCCUUCUCUAUAUAAGGCUGUGAGCAGCGCAGGGAGUUCCACAGCUCCAGGAUCAGCGCCAGCAGCAGCAGCAGCAGCCUGAUCCUCUCACAGGGAAUAAUCCGUUCUCCUGCUAACUCCAACACUCAGGCAGCCGGAUACUAACUGACACAGAGGUUGUGUCUGGGACUCUGAGGAGCAGCGAUCACACAGAGUCCACUGUCUGCUGCAGUCCAAACCCAGAGCGACCUGUGCCGCCAUGACCUGGCUCCCCGUCCUCUCCGUCUCCCUGCUGCUGCUCUGCAUCAGGGACUCUGCUUCCCUCUUCCUCCCCGACUCCAACGAGCUCAGGCAGCUGCUGAGCCGCUACGAGGAGGAAGCAGACCGGAACGCCACCGUGGAAGCCGGCGGCAGCAGGACCCGACGAGCCAUCCGCUGGUCAGACCGAGAGGAGAUCCUCCAGCUGCACAACAAGCUGAGGGGCGGCGUAUACCCCACUGCCUCCAACAUGGAGUACAUGGUUUGGGACGAUGAGCUGGAGCGCUCUGCCACUCACUGGGCAGAGGAGUGUCACUGGGACCAUGGACCUCAGGACCUGCUCAUGUCUAUUGGACAGAACCUGGCUGUUCACUGGGGCAGAUACCGCUCUCCUGCCUUCCACGUCCAGACCUGGUACGAUGAGGUCAAAGACUACACCUAUCCCUACCCUCACGAGUGCAACCCCUGGUGUCCAGAACGCUGCUCGGGGCCCAUGUGCACCCACUACACCCAGCUGGUCUGGGCAGCCACGAGCAGAGUGGGCUGCGCCGUGCACGUGUGUCCCAGGAUGGACGUGUGGGGGGAAGUAUGGGAGAACGCCGUUUACCUCGUGUGCAACUAUUCCCCAAAGGGCAACUGGAUCGGAGAGGCCCCGUACCAGCCUGGACGCCCCUGUUCUCAGUGCCCCCCCAGCUACGGAGGAGGGUGUAGGAAUAACCUGUGCUACAAAGACUCUCAGCGCUCAGAGACCGAGGACAUGAACGAGGUGGAGAAGCCUCAGGUUCCACUGCCGCCUCGUACCACCGCCAGACCCGCCCCCAAACCCAAACCAAAGAAACCAGCGUCCAAACCCUCCACUCCCAAGACCAGCACACCGAGGACACCGUCCUCAAAGACUCCCAGCAACACUUACUUAGCUCAAAACAUUAAGUGUGAGACCAGACUGCGAGAUAAGUGCAGAGGAGCAACCUGCAACAGAUACAACUGUCCAGCUAACUGUGUGAAUAAGAAAGGAAAGGUGUGGGGAACUCUGUUUUAUGAUGUGCAAUCAAGUAUCUGUCGAGCUGCUAUUCAUUUUGGUGUGAUUGACAACAACGGAGGAACGAUCGACAUCACAAGAAAGGACAAGUUUCCAUUCUUUGUCAAAGCCACAAAGAACGGCAUCGAGUCUCUCAGUAAAUAUAAAGCUGGUAAUGCCUUCAUGGUGGCCAGAGUGGAGGAGGUGACGGCUGACUGCUACACCACAGUGGCUGAAAUCUGCCCUUUCAAACAGCCCUACUCACACUGCCCGAGAAUCCUCUGUCCUGCCGACUGCAAGACUCAGCCUUCUUACUGGUCACCUGUUGUUGGAAACAACAUCUACACAGAUAGCUCCAGUAUCUGUAAAGCAGCCAUCCAUGCAGGAGUAAUCAAAGCAGACGGCGGUUUGGUGGAUGUUCUGCCACUGGACAAGAGAAAGAGUUACGUUGGAGUCCUGAAAAAUGGCAUCCAGUCUGAAAGCAAGAGCAACACAGAGGGCGGCUCCUUCCGAGUCUUUGCUGUGAGGGAGUGAGAGUGUGGUUCAGAGGUCCAAACAUCACCAGAGUCGCCUCAGCUGCUCCUGAGGAGCAGGAAGUGCCCACAGGUUGGAUACCACAGCUGUUCAUCUGUCUCUGUGCCUUCAGAGGAGAAACAGGACGUCCCAGCAGAUCGAUAGACACUUCUCCCUCUCACUUAUCAAACACCCAGUACAAACAACUGGCCAAUAUGUUAAUGGGUUUUUAUCUUUUAACUCCAGAUAUGGAUAUUUCUUAGACAUACUUCAUCUGUGAAUACAGAAUGUUUUUAUAUAUUACGAUGCAUUGAACAGCUGGUGCUGGAAGUUAAACAUGUUUUACAGAAAGUUCUAUGUUUACAUUGAUGUUCUUAUUACAAAUAUACGUUGGUUUUCAUACACAGGAAUGUAUACUGGUCACACUGUAUUUAAUCAUUGUGUACAGAAUAUAUGAUAUUUUGUUUGUUUUAAAAAUGGAGUACCAUAUAUUAACAUUUUCAUUCUGAUUUUCUUCUUUUAAUUGUAUUGCUUUCUUCCUCUUCACCUGGAUAACAUUUGCUUUUCUGCUCCUGAAAAUUUAGACUGUGAAACCAAAUCUAAGUCUAAAUUGUAUUUAUAGGUUGAGGUGCUCUCGUUGUGAGUCUGGAUGUUUUAUUGGCUUGUUGGACCAGAACUCAUCAGGCAGAUGGAAAAGGAGAGGAAGCAGGAUGGGAAAUGAAAGUGUGUAUAGGCAGCAGGGAAGGCUGCUGUAGUUUCAGUGCCAAACAUGUGGAGGGGAUGAAGUGAAGGUGUGAGACAGCUGAGUUCACUGUGCAGCCUGGUUGUUGGAGAUGGACCCUCAGAGCGGUGGCAGAAGAUAUGUUUAUAGCAGUAAUAUGCCAUCUUAUAUUUAUUGUUGCUUACUGCUCUCCUUGUUUCUUUGUUUCUCUGGCUUCUCUGACCCCCCCACCAGACAGAUGAAUGUGUCACAUGUUUCAGAGAGUUUUCUGUGUAAAGAUGAGGCCAGAUUUUAAAGUGUGUCACUGCACAGGACUGAGAGGAAACACCAUGUUAGCACAGACACUACUCAAACAGAUGUACAGUGCAGUUACUGCUGCAGGACACAUUAGAGCAACAUCAAACCUCGUUACUCUGCCUGUUGGUGACAAACGUAAAGGCCAAGACAUAACGACUAACUAUCUCUUCCUUCCAGCAUAUUUACACUUUAUCUCUUCAUUCUACCUCAGUCCUAUCGCUGCGCCAGGCAUUUCAAUCUUUACUAUGUGGGAAUUUUUAUGGGAAAUUUGAAAGGUUUUGUAAAUACAAUGAUUUUUGUGUUUGAAUCGUCCUCCAUGCAGUUAGAUUAUAAUGAAUUUAUCACCUUUGUCUCGGUCGUAGUGUUUUUAUACAGGUCUAGGAUGAUUUGAAAAUAAAGUACAACUUACAAAUAUUACACAA